GGGAAGGUUUCACGUUCGUCUAUUUAAUACGCCUCCGCUACGGACUAGUCUCAUCGCUAGGGUUCGUCACCUCCACCGCCUCGAUUUCCAUACAGAUACGUCGAUGGAGAACACGAACCUCGUCUCCUGCGAGAGGAUCGACCGAAUGAUGAACUGGGUGGGGGCGAGCUUCUCCUCGGCGUUCUUUGCCUCCCUCGAGCACUGCUCCUGCAUCAACCUCAGCACCGACGACGACGAUGAUGAGGAAGAGGCCAAGGAUCGACCUCUGAUCAUCAUCAAGCCGGACACCCUCGAAGCCCUCUUCGGCCCCGACGCCGCUCUUCCCGUCUCCACAAACCCUACUGCCGCCGACUAGUUUCACCCUUUAUAGUUUCUGAUCCUUGUACCGACGCUUCACUAUACGGUAAUUGAAGUUAAUUUCUUAGCUAUUGCGUCGCAUGCUAUUGCCAGUUUUGAGUACAGAAACUUAUGGUUCUAUUCUGCACAAGCUCUCGUAUGUGCAUAGGUAGUCUGUAAAUACCGGUCUUGUUCCUUACUAUAGAUUACUACUGCUCUUUUAGCCAUAGAAUUAUUCUUUGCUGGCGUUCUCUUU